AUAAAAGGUGCCGCGUAUCUUGGCUCGAGUUUCUCAUCGGGAAAUUAAGCAUGGAGGCACAAAUGCAGGUGUGUCGGCCCCUGCGCCUAGUCUUCGUCCUCCUGUGCUUCUUCUCUGCUCUGGCAAGCCUCUCAGCCGAUGCAGCUCCGACAUUGGUCGACAGACUUCCAGGUUUUGACGGCACACUCCCGUUCCGCCUUGAGACCGGGUAUGUGACCGUGGACGAGGAGAACGGCGCGGAGCUGUUCUACUACUUCAUCGAGUCGGAGGGCGACCCGAGGCGCGAUCCCCUUGUACUUUGGCCCCCCGGAGGCGGCCGCUGCACCGCGCAACAAGCAUUGCUGUUACAGUUUGGCCCGUUGAAAUUCAUCAUCGAGCCCUACGACGGGUCGACUGUGCCACGCCUCCAGUACCAUCCUUACUCUUGGACCAGGGCUGCCAGUAUUCUCUUUGUUGAUUCACCGGUGGGCGCCGGGUUUUCCUUCUCCUGGAACAUUAAAGGAUAUGAUGUUGGGGAAGCCUCUGCUGCACUGCAGGUCAAAACGUUUCUCACCAAGUGGUUCACCGAGCAUCCGGAUUACCUCCCAAAUCCUUUUUAUGUCGGAGGAGCCUCGCGCAGCGGAAGGAUCGUGCCAUUCCUCGCACAGAAGAUCUCAGAAGACAUUGAAGCUGGAAUGACUCCCACCGUUAAUCUGAAGGGCUACCUGGUAGGUAAUCCGGCUACAGGUGAAGCCAUUGAUCGUGACUCGAGAGUGCCAUAUCUACAUGGAGUUGGAGUAAUUUCAGAUCAACUAUAUGAGUCGAUAAUGGAGAACUGUCGAGGGGACGAUCUUACCAACCCCAAGAACGUGCUUUGCUCUCAGGAUAUGGAAAGGUUCAGCCACCUGUAUGAUCAAAUUGAAGGGAAACACAUUUUGUAUAAAAAGUGCCAUGAUGAGUCUUCUGGACCAAUUCACAUGACCACAGAAAGAAACACCCUAAAGGAGGAAUUGGGGUUACUUAGACAUCCACCACCUCGACCUUCAAUGGAUUGUCAAGUAAGUUCAUUUUGCAAAAAACUGAAGUCCUCGUGCGAUAAUAAGAUGGUCAUUCAGCAGGAAAGAUGGUUCAAGCAAAUUAUUAUCCGGAUGUCUUUGUUUUUCUAUGAGAAAUUAAUAGCAUCCGGGAACUACUUCCCGGUCGGUCACCCAUCCUCAAAUUACUCCGGACCAAGCACGCUUGACCUCGGAGUUCUUUGCUGA